UUUUUGAAGAUAUUUAAUUUAUUAUGAAUAAGGCCAUUUAACUUUGUCCAAUAUUUUGUUUCUGACGUUUAGAAAAAUAUUUAUAAAAAGAAAUUCAAUUUUCUUUAAGGAAAUACAUUUAGUUGCCUAAUGGCCAAGCCUACCACCAUUAAGGAUGCACUCCGUAUUUGGGAGGAAAAUAACGGCAAGAAUCCCAUUACCGUGACCGAUAUUGGAUUACAGUUUCAGUAUCCACCAAUCGAAAAAAUGGAUAGCACUCUUAACACCCUUGUCAACUGCGGAAAGCUUAGCCUUUCUUCAAAUAUGAUCGAAAAGAUAACUGGUAUUAAUCAGCUUAAAAAUCUUCGGAUACUUUCAUUGGCAAGAAACAACUUGAAAAGUAUUAAUGGUAUUGAAGCACUGGGAGAAACACUGGAAGAGUUGUGGGUUAGUUAUAAUAUCAUUGAAAAAAUUAAACCCAUAGAAUCGAUGAAAACGUUGCGCGUGUUUUACAUCUCCCAUAACCUCAUCAAAGAUUGGACAGAGUUCAAUCGCAUGGCUGCAGCACCAAAGUUGGAAGAAAUUUCUUUUCUUGGAAAUAUUCUCAACGAAAACAUGGAUGAAUUGGUCUUUCGAAGUGAAGCUAUCCGUCGCUUGCCCUUGCUCAAAAAACUUGAUGGUGAUACUGUCAUACGAGGCGAUUAAUGGAAAAAUAUGUACAUCAACUACUCCUGUAUGCGAUUUAAUAUUUUUAUAUUUUGCAAUAAUAUAUCUAGG